AUGUAUAGUCCGUUCUUCACAAACAGCCGGAGAUACCAGCAGCCCUACCCGACUUACCAUCCAUUUCACCCCGUUUACCACGCCGAUCCGAUUACGGAGGAGAUACGGCCGGCGGAGACGGUCGCCGCGCCGAAAGUAGUUCGGAUUCCGGUCCGGUUUGCAGGAUCCGAGCGAUUAGACCGGACGGAGUCAGCCGUGAAGAUUCAGAAGGUUUUCAGGGGGUUUCUAGCGAGGAAGAGCCUGCGGAAGGUGAAGGACAUCAAAAUCGAGGUGGAUAAGAUCGAGGAGAGGCUGAAGCGCCGCGAAACCGUUGAAUUGCUGAAGACGGACGCGAAGGAGCGGCUACGGAUGAGCGAGAGCCUGAUGUCCCUGCUGCUGAAGCUGGAUUCGAUCCGCGGCGUGGAUCUCGGGGUGAGGGCGUGCCGGAAGGCCGUGAUUCGUAAAGCCAUCGGUUUGCAGGAGCGGAUUGACGCGAUCGUCGCCGGCGAAAUUUAG